AUGGACAGCAACUUUGGGUUGCCAAAUUCUGUCCAAUCGACUUGGCGCAACUACGACAGACCCAACGAGUACUGGAAGUUCCAUCUGCCCAGUUUCAUCCACCUUAGCAUGAAGCAGAUGAAGCAGAUGAUGGACGAUCUUGGCGUCUCCUACCCAAAGAGCGGCAAUAAGGAGCAAAUCACCAGAGCCCUGUUCCGCGCACAACUCGGGCUCACACAGUACCACAACUGCUCCAACACACAGCUCCGGAAGUUCAUCCACGACAGAAAGAUCGACGCAUCCGGUGUGAUUGGGGGCAAGUUCAUUGGCAAUCAUAGGGAGCUAGUGUCGCUACUCGAGCGUGCCGACGAACAUCCACAGUUCCACAAAUUCAUGGACCUGCCGGCCGAACUUAGGAAUCGGGUCUACGAGUACCACUUCUCCGACAUGCGCACUGCAUACGCCCCGGCUCAGCCGCCGAUUAGUCGAGCUUCUAGGGUCCUGCGCCAGGAGUCUCUCUCGAUGUUCUAUAGCAUCUGCAUCUUCAACAUCUCCUUCAAUGUAUCUAGAAUUCGUUCUAGGCACGGCGAUUCCUUUGGUGCUCCGCUAUGGAUUCCGGACAAGCAUGCACUCUGGCUUGGUGCUACGCCCGAGAAGCAUCUAUCACAAAUUAUGCAUCUGGAGAUUCGGGUUAUUUGGGGGAUGAAUACACUUCACACGUUUUCCUUUGAUAUUACCAAAGGGGCCGUUAAGUCUAUAACGGUAGACCACAACUUCGCCGACGCUAGCGCCAACGCAAAGCUCCGGUCCCUUUUCGACCUACUUCUAACCUCGAUCUCUACUCGGAAGGAAGACGGCGAGCCUAAGCUUUCUAGGGACGAUAUCUAUGCGUUUAGGAGAGCGAUUGAGAAGGGGCUCGGCUAG